AUGUUUAAUUCUAUUUCAUCAAUUGCAAAAGAAAUUGAUGAUAAUUGGAGAAACAAAGAAAUUUGUGUCACUCAAUAUGAAACAGAAGUGAAAAAGGCCAAAGGCGGCCACAGUGCUGCAAUAUUGGGAUUGAAAUUUUAUAAUCAAAAUUAUCUCAUUUCCUCUUCGUGUGAUAAGCAAAUUAUUGUACGGAAUACAGAAGAUGGUGAAAUAAUACAAAUCCUAAGGCAUCACACUGAUAAUGUAAUGGACAUAGCUUUAAAAGAUAAUACAUUAAUAACGGCCAGUAAGGAUUGUUCACUUGCAGUAUGGACAAUUAUUUCUCCAAAAAUAUUCGAUAGGCAAAUUUCUUUGAGACAUGAAAAUUCAGUAAAUGUUGUCGAUUUAAAUGAAAAAUAUAUUGCGUCAGGCAGCACUGACACAACAAUAAAAUUGUGGAAUAGGUCCACAUUUAGGAUUCAUUCCACUCUAACAGGACAUAUUCGAGGUAUUACCUGCUUAAAAUAUGAAAAUAAUAUAAUUGUUAGCGGCAGCGCUGAUCAAACUAUUCGAAUAUGGAAAGUAGACACGCUUUGUUGCCUCAAAGAGUUAAAAGACCAUUAUGAAAUGGUCAGAAGUAUAACUUUCAACGAAAAGUACAUAAUAAGCGGAUCAAAAAAUGAAAAAAUAAAAAUUUGGGAUAUGGUAGCUUGUCUCGAUCCUACGUCUAAUCCAAGAGAAUUGUGUUUUCGAACGUUGAACGCAAGUAAUGGAUUAAUAUUAAAAAUCAAAAUGGAUGAUCACAAAAUAUUAUCGUCUGCUAAUGAUGGAAAGAUUAAAAUUUGGGAUUUUUGGAAAACUGAUGACGAAUAUCAUAAUUAAUUGAUUAAUUAAAAACAUUAUUUAAUAAAUAAUAAUGUUGUGUUUACCGUUAAAAUCGUUUUACUUGAACGUUCAAAAAGUUUUAGUUUACCGUUAAAAUUGUUUUACUUUACAUUUAUAAAAUUUUGUUAGUUCAAAAGAAUUAAUGUUCUUAAUAUUUCAUUGAGAUUAAAAAUUUUGUAUAAAAUUACAUUGCACAUUUUUAAUGCUGAAAAAUAACUGAAUUCCUGUAAAGAAUUUU